GUAAAAGACCCAAUUCUAUGCUACACUGAUUAUAUAUAUAUUUAUUAUAUUAGAUAGUACAAUGACAGUAAGGAACCACAAUCCAUCCAUCUAUUCGGACAAACAAAGAACUUUUCUGAUUGAUCAUUUAUGAUGUUAUAGCAAUUUUUGCAAUUUUGCGUCGUGUUGUGUUUUUGUGUAAAAGUGGUUUCAAGUUUAAACAAAGAAAUAAAUAGCUAUUAUAAAAAUAUGAACAAAGUUUUUGUUUGCUUCAAAGAUGAGAGGUGUGUUCAUUGUAUUUGAAGGAGGAGACAGAUGUGGAAAGACAACCCAGUGCAAGAGAAUUGUCGAGUAUUUAAAAAGUACUGGAAUAUCUUGCGAAUACAUGAACUUUCCUGAUAGAAGUUUGAUAACUGGAAAAGCGAUAAAUGAUUACCUGCUCAAGAAAACAGAACUACCAGACAAGGCAGUACACAUGCUGUUUUCCGCAAAUAGAUGGGAACUGGAGCCGAAAAUAAGAAACCUCAUCUAUAAUGGUACUAGUCUCAUUGUUGACAGGUACUCAUUCUCCGGUGUAGCUUUCUCGGCUGCUAAAAAGGGCCUGGACUUGGAAUGGUGUAAACUGCCCGAGAUGGGUCUGCCGAGACCCGAUCUGGUGUGUCUGUUCAAAUCGCGAGUCGAUUUGGCGAGUCAGCGUAACGGAUGGGGGGGUGAACGCUACGAGGUCACAGAUUUCCAAGAGAGGGUCAGCGACAACUUCCAACUACUCCACGAUUCCUCCUAUUGGCAGGAGAUCGAUGCAGUUGGAAGCAUAGAAGAAGUGACUGAUUCUUUGAAGCCGCUAAUACUACAAACUUUGGAAAAAGCCAAAACCCAAGAAUUGAAGAAUCUCUGGUGAAUUUCGAGGGUUAGAGUCAUAGUACCGUUUCUACAAAAUUCCGUUUUUAGUUUAUCUGACCUAUCUAAAUGACUUUUCGUGGUCUAUUUAGUGACACACACGCUUAUCUCAUAGCAUUAGCCAUUGAAAGAUAAGUGAAUAUUGCAUCUACAAUCGAGUGAUGUGACACAAAAGCAUAUCUUCUGCUACACUUCUUUGACUUGAACAAAACUGAAUAACCCAAAAAACUUAUCUUCAGUUAUGCUUAUACUUACGCUUCAGCUAGUGAUCUAUAUAAUAGCUUAUAUGUCAACUCACACUAGUGUGACAUUAACUUUGAGGGCGGAAGUGUUCACAGAACCAAUACUAACAUAAGUCUUGAUUUAACAAGAUAAUCAGACUAGCUUCUGUAUUUUCUCCUGUUUGUGUUUUAUUCUGAUCAAUGAACAAUGAACCGAUGAGUUUUUUGUGUGAGUUGGCAGAGAAAUGCUUGAAGGAAGCUGAUGAUUGUGAGUUGGAGGGAAGUUUAUUUAUUUAUUAAAUUAUUUAUUUAUUCAACUUCCAACGGUACAACAUCAAUUUUACAUGAAAAUAACAUAGAAAAAGAGAUACGAGUGAAGAAUAUAUAGAUAAAUAAUGUACAAUAAUAGAAAAACAUCUUAUGUAAAUAAUUUGAAAGACAAAAAUUAGAAUACAAAAUGAAUCAUAGUUAACAUACAAUAUUAUAUCGAAGUGAAAAGGCCCAUGGAAGUUUGUCACAAGGGGCAUAAACAAGAAAGGGAAGACCAAAAUCACACAUGCAGGAAUCUCUUCAUAGUUCGCCUGAGAAAGCCCAGGGACAUUCCAAAGAAAUCAACGUCAGCUAUAGCAGCCUCACUACCAAGGUGAAGUAUUUUAGAGAGUCUACUAUUAUAGGCAUAGACUUUUAUGUGAGAGCAUCUACGGAAAAUGGACCUUGAGAGCAUUCCUCUUGGAACACAGAUGUCAAUACCUACCAGAAGUUCAGGGCAGUUCAAAUAUCCAUUGCCAGUCUUUAAAAGUGCUGCAACUCCUGUUGAUAAGUAGUGUGAACUCUUCGCUGAUUAUUUUUCAUCUAUUUUUGUGCAGGACACGGUAAAUGUCCCGACAUUUGAUUUUGGUUGGAACCAGUUAGUUCCACCCUACUACAUUACUCCAACUAAUUUUGUGUUCGUGUUCUGACCAUUUACCUGGUCAUACUUUUCUUUGCCUUGCUGAAGCUUGGUGUCUUCCCCAGGGAUCUCAAAAACAGUUUCUUGGUACCUGUAUACAAAUCUGGAGAUUGAGGUGAUGUAAAGAACUAUAGACCUAUUACAA